UCUGCGUCUCGCAGCCCUACGGGGCGCAGUACCUCGCGGAGCGGUCUCGCGCAGCGUGGUACAUGCGGCGCUAGUGGACGUGAAAAUGAAAUUUCUGAUCAUUUUGUCUCUCGCUGCGCUGGCUUUGGGAAAGCCUGACCACUAUGACGAGCGGUAUGACAACUUUAAUGUCGAUGAAGUGAUCGACAACGUCCGUCUGCUCAAGUCCUACUCACACUGCUUCCUUGGCGAGGGGAAGUGCACUUCUGAUGGCAGUAACUUUAAAAAAUGGAUCCCAGACGCAGUACAGUCAGAUUGUGGCAAAUGCACAGAAAAACAAAAGGUGAUGGUUGCCAAGGUGAUGAAGGCAAUGAGCCAGAAGCUCUCGGAAGAGUGGGAAAAGCUGGUUAAGUUACACGAUCCGAAGAAGGAACAUACUGCGGAACUAAAUGCGUACAUCACUAAAUACGCUCCAUAAGUUCAAGACAGUCAUUUGAC